AUGGCAGAAACCCCCAAACGAGAAGUAAAGAGUACUGUCAAGCUGAAGAAGGAGUCCUAUCCAGCUUUUCUGGCCCAUGAAACUCUGGAGGUGGCUAACAGACAGCCUCCUGAGAAAGAAGGCGUCUACAAGAAAGUGGGUGACAAAGUCGUCCUCACGCCAGGCUCUGCGCCUGCUUCCAUCACCAGGAUCAAGUGGACACAUGAUCAGGAUAUUGCUCUGGAGUGGACCAGACAACAACGUUUCACCUCCUGGCACUUCCGAGAUGGCUGUGAGGUGGAUACCUCCACUGGGGUCCUGACGAUCUCAAACCUGGCUCUAAACGACAGCGGCAGCUACACGGCGGAGAUUAAUGAUGAAGUCAUGAGCACAACGGAAAUCAUUGUUAUCACCACUGUCCCUAAUCCCACUGUGUCCACAUGGUGCCACCCUGAGAUGACCUACUGUACUCUCACUUGUGAACCCAACGUGACAGACGACGCCAAACCGAUCACCUAUUACUGGAUGAUAGGUGAAAUGGUGAAACAGUCUCCAACCAAUCAGUUCAACAUCACACAGGCAAACAGAGAGCGUUUGAUAAGCUGUCAGCUGGAAAACCCAGUCAGCCACGAAUACAGUGAAAAAAUCCUGAAUCCACUCUUAAUCAGGACUCGGGCUUUACUGAGCUUACCAUUUGUAGGGAUUGUGGUGUUCCUGUUUGGCCUUAUUUGUUGUAAAUGCUGUUGUUGUACCCACAGGACCCGUAGACACCGCUCCUCUACCACCAACAACACUGUGAGCUAGAGCAGUGCUGGAUCAAAGUGUGACGAUGAGGAUGAAGAAGAGUUGGUGUUGCCACCGGAGAAAAGUCUUAAAUUUACAGAUUAAAGUAACAAAUUUGUACA